CUACUACUUACAAGCAACCAACUCAGUUCAUUUAAUACAGUGAGUUCGAAUAGAUCACCAUGAGUUUAGUAGGCAGAGUUGUAAUUGUAACUGGAGCUAGUUCGGGCAUCGGUGCUGCAACGGCAGAGUCUUUUGCCAAAGAGAGUUCCAAAGUGGUGCUCGUAGGACGAAAUUUAGCAAAUUUAAAAGCUACCGAAGUUGCUUGCAAAGCUGUCAACAGCAAAGCCGAACUGCUCUCCAUCAUUGCUGAUGUCACAGUUGAUGCGGAGCGCAUUAUAAGCUCGACAAUUGAAAAAUUCGGACAGUUGGAUGUAUUGGUGAAUAAUGCCGGUGUGGGUGAAAGAGCUUCAAUCUUAGAUAUUGAAGUCGAGCAGUUUGAUCGCCUUAUAAAUAUUAACUUGCGUUCGGUCUUCCUUCUAACUAAGUUCGCCGCACCACAUCUCGUGAAGACCCAAGGUAAUAUCGUGAAUGUCUCCAGCGUCGCAGGAAUGCGUGUAUUUGCAGGUAGUGCGGUCUACUGCACUUCCAAAGCUGCCGUGGAUCAAUUCACCAGAUGUAUCGCCUUGGAUUUGGCACCGAAGAAUGUGCGUGUCAACGCUGUCAAUCCCGGCGUAAUUAUUACAGAUAUUCAUAGGCGCUCAGGCUUGUCGGAAACAGAAUAUGCUAAAUUUUUGGAGCAUUCAAAGUCCACACAUGCCUUGGGUCGCGUCGGCUAUGCAAAGGAGGUUGCUGAUGCCAUUAUUUUCCUUGCUAGUGACAGCGCAAGCUUUAUAACGGGCGCUACUCUGCCGAUCGAUGGUGGCAAACACGCAAUGUGUCCACGUUAAUCGAAAUUAAAUGUUAUU